AUGAAUCCACCUAGGAAACGCCAGAAAGUCUCCUUCGCGUGCCAGAGAUGUCGCCAGCGCAAGCUUGGUUGUGAUCAACAGCGUCCUUGCCAGCUAUGUGUGCGAGCUGGAGCAGAAUGUUUAUCACGUGGGGGCCCGGUUCCUGGUCAGAGGGAAGCUGUACAAGAAGGCGAAUAUUCCGUCGGAAGACGCGAAAGUGACACCCGCUCUGAUUAUCAUGAAGUCGCCACACCCCCAGACCUCCCGCAGUCGAAUAUCGUGGAUCUGAGUUCUCAGAUGCUUGGGGGCCAAGGGAAGCGCCGUAGCGUGAGCCACGAGACUUCAGCUCUGCCAGGAGGUAUAAACUCGGCAGGCUCCGUCACCACACAGUUGAUACCAUGGCGGGAUUUAGGAGGAAUGCCGCUACCCCCGAAACCGGUGCUUGAUCGUUUCAUGGCUCGAUUUUUCGACUCUGUUGACUGGUUCAUGAUGGUUUUCCACCAAGAAAGCUUCCUACAACGGUACGAGAAAAUGAUGGCUACCAAUUUGAUCCCGGACGGAGAGAACAGUAAUUUCCCUUGGCUUGUACUGUUGGUGCUUGGCCUGGGCGCCCACUAUUCGUCAUUGAAGCCUCUAGGUGCAAAUACAGAUAGCCAUAGAGAGCUUUCUAUAAAUCUUCUCACGCAUGUCGAGCAAAGGUUCUUGACUAUCAUCGACUCGCCGAACCUAGAGACAGUACAAAUAUGUGUGCUACUUGGAAGCUUUCUUCUCUUUAAUGGACGUCCCACUGUCGGAUUAGUUAUCCUGGCGGGUGGGUUCAAGAUUGCGCAAGUAAUUGGGCUCAACCACGAGUCGAAGUGGCAUGGGCUUUCCGAUGUGCUGCGCGAGACUCGACGGCGCUCGUGGUGGGCGCUGGGGGUUGCAGAUAAAUACGCGGCUGUUGCCUUCGGACGUCCAUGUACAGUAGAUGAUUCUGACUCCGACGUUGGGACUCUUAACGAUAUCAAAACAGAUAGUCAAAGAACGACUCGACAAGGGGACUUAUUAGAAUAUCACCGACUGAAAUUUAAACUCUACCUGAUCAUGGGUCCAUUCUUGAGCCGAAGACUCCACAGCAAUCAGUCGGAAACGCUCAAUGGAAUCCAUACUCAACUUGUCUCCUGGAAGAGCAAGCUACCUGACAAACUACGGCUGGAGACAUACAAAGACGACCCCAGCAAUGAAUCGCACAUCCUUCAAAUGCAGGCACUAGCUCUCCAAUUGACCUAUGAUAAUCUCCAGAUCAUCCUUCACCGCCGUGCUGCAUUCGGUGACAGUGAACCCGUAUUCAAUUCAAAUGAAGGCGCGACCCUGGAUAGCUCCCUCUCCCAACAGCAGCUUCUGGAAUCCGCGUUAAGAACAUCUCAGCUCUAUCAGCAUGUUCAGCUUCUACAAGAAUGCCGUAGGACACAUGCUGUCAUGCACAUUGGGAUCUGCCUUUUUACAUCCGGUGUUGUACUCUGCGCGAUUGCACUGGCGUAUCCCCUGUCCACGGCCAGCCAAAAGGCAAAAGAAGGCGUCAUGCAUAUCCUACGUUUACAACAAGACAGCAUAUCCUCUCAGCAUCUUCUUUCUGUCCAGAGUAUGCAGAUCCUACGGGACUUAGUGACAGUUGUUAUGAGCUCUGAGGAACGGGCCAUAUUAGGCUACUCCUCUGCUCCAGCAACUUCCCUACCUGAGAUGCCUCAAGAUGACCGGGCAAACUCGGUAUUACCACAGGCUGAAUCUGCAGCACCCGAUCUAGCCUCUCGCGAUAAUGCAAGUACAUUUUCGCCGUUCUCAAACCAGACACCUCUAAAUACCCUCCAACAAGUCUUUAUGCAACAUAUAAACCAAUCUGGCUCUGUGCCUGACCCCUCUGGGUUAGCCAACUCCUACAGUGUGGAAACGCAGCAGCCAAAUCCAUCAUCAAUAUUUCCAUGGGAUGGGAAUUUGUCUGCGCUGGUCGAUACUGGACUUGUGGAUGCAAGCCAGAUGUGGUUGUGGUCAGAUGAUUUAGGUUACCAGUCAUUUUCAGAACUAGGUAGUAUACACCCUUGA